GGACGGUUAACAGGUUGAAGCGAAAAGAUGGCACAGAAAGGUCAAGCCACUUCUAAACGUCCAGGAACGACGGCAGAUAUCGAUCGGUCUACGGGCUAUAACCCAAAGUGUCCGAACUGUUUACGGAAUAACAAAAAGGUUGAUAAGAAAUUCCCGUGCUAUACAUGCAUUCACAAACUGGAGGACCCACAUAUUGUUUCACUCGUUGGGAUCUCGGAAGCCAAACCUGGGAACCUGGACGUCUUCCGCAACUUGAUAAGCGCAAGAAAUUACGGCAGCAUCCCAGUAGAAGAGCGAAUGCUAUUCGAAGAUCGUUAUCGAGAAGCGAUCCGGAACAAUGAACCUGGUUGGGAUGACACCUUGGAGCCGUUGAAAUGUCCACAAACAGACGCAUAUCGGAAGAAGUUUGAAGAAGAUCAAGAGAAGAUGCGAGUUCAGCAAAUGGAGGAUGAAAUCCGCGCGAAAAUUAAUGCGGAAAAUAAGAGAGCAAGUGAACAGGCUGCACGAGAGGCGCUGCCCAGUUCAUCGAGUUCAGCUGUACCCCCUACAGCCAGCCUUAAUGAAGAAGAAGUGCAUCUGACACGUCAGUCCCUAAUCAUUCAAAUCGAAACGUUAACGAAAGAUCCAGCCGCUAUGCCAGACGAGUUAUUAAAAGUGCUGUUGCGGGAGAAAAAACGACUGCAAGACGGAUUCGCGCCGGCACCAUACAUAAAGAAGGAAGUGGAAAGACGUAUGGACGAAUUACGAAAAUCUCGCCAAACUGAAAGCGAUGUGCUGCAGGCGCUCAGAAGUUUCAAACGGGACGAAGGUUUUAUUCGACCUCGAUCGCCUCCGCAUAGAGAAAGGUCACGCGGACAUUCACGCGAACAUGAAUGGACUUCGGAACGACGGAGUGAAAGGUCACGUGAACACUCUCGUGAAAGGACACGUGAGUACCGUACUGAAAGGUUACGCGAACGCUCUCGCGACCGGGAUUACCGCGGCGGAAGAGGAUGGGUGCGCCACGGAGAUGAAAUAACAGAAAUGACCAUCCAGCGGAAGAUUGAUACAGCCAAGAUUCUGGCAGCGACAAGGGAAAGAGAAGAAAAACGGCGUGCGGAGACAUUCCGUACGGAACCUGAAAAGCAAGGGCAUUAGGUGCCGAUGGGAGUUGCAUUCCGUAACCGCAAUGUCAGAAUGUCAACACCUGAAAGGUCAUGGGAUAAAAGACGCGAACAUACGCGAAACCGAACACCAGACCCACACGAUAAGAGAUGGCAAGAACGAACCAAGUAUUAUGCGAGUUUCGAAUCUGGCGCGAGUAAAAGGUCAUCGAGCGCGGAAAGGGAAGAUUCACCCCCAAAGUAUCAGCGGGUGGAGUCAAUGGUUCAUG